AAGGAGUCCCUAUCAAAUUGACUUGAACGAGGAAUGGUAGGUGGCGUUGAGAGGAUUUAUGAACAUCUUCUGUUGCAAGUUCAAGAGCCAUAUUAUUUUCAGAUCAAAAGCUUUGUUUUUGUUACGAGGGAUUCAAUGCAUUUAUUGUGUUAACGAGCCAUUGAAAGUAAGGAAGGAAAGUUAGAGAAGACAGGUUGAUUCUUCGGAUUUAGGUUAGAAUGUUUUGCAGUUCUGUUUGGAAGAGAAAAGUGGAUGUUGGAGAGGAAGUACGAGAAAAGUCAAAUCGAUAAAAGCAACAUCUGUAUAAUUACACCACACAUCUCUCGAUAGAAAAACUUACCAACCUUACUGCAUUGAUCCUCUCCUUCGCUUCCAUGGACAACGCCUCAAAGCCACACGCGGUUUUUGUCUCUAGCCCCGGCGUUGGCCACCUUGUCUGUAACCUUGAGCUCGGCAAUCGCCUUGUCGCCGAUCACAAUUUCCACGUUACCUUCUUCGUCGUCCUCGAAUCUCCAGGCGCCUCACCCGGCGAAUCCCAACUCAUCCAAUCGGCCACCACUCAGAAACUCUUACACGUCGUCGUACUGCCACCCGCGGACGUCUCCGGCCAAGUCGGUCCCAAUGCUCCGAUCUUCACGAGACUAACCGCGGUUAUGCGCGAAAUCCGGCCAAUUCUCCGGUCCGGUAUCUCCCUGAAGCCUAGCCCGACUGCUAUCAUCGUCGAUGUUUUCGGGACUCCAGCUCUUGCUGUCGCCGAUGAAUUUCACAUGUUGAAAUACGUAUUUGUCACCUCAGCGUGGCCUCUAGCGUUGAUGCUAUACGUGCCGAUCCUUGACAAGGAGAUAGAAGGAGAAUACAUCGAUCAAAAAGAACCGUUAAGAAUCCCGGGUUGCAUGGCCGUUCGGCCGGAAGAUGUGGCUGACCCGCUGCUGGAUCGGACAAAACAAGAAUACAACAUGUUCGUACAAGUGGGAUCGGAGAUGCGGAAGAGUGAUGGGGUUUUGGUGAACACAUGGGAAGAUCUAGAUGCCACGACGCUUAAGGCCAUGAGAGAAGAGGAAGGUUUCGGAUCGGUACCUGUUUAUGCAGUUGGACCGCUGAUCAAACAGGUUGAACCCUCUGCAGUUUCGAAGAAGAGCGACCUUUUGGAUUGGUUAGACCAGCAACCAAUAGAAUCCGUGCUGUAUAUUUCGUUUGGGAGUCUUGGGGUGCUUUCGGCACAGCAAAUCACUGAGCUUGCUUGGGGUUUGGAACAGAGCCAGCAGAGGUUUAUUUGGGUGCUACGCCCACCCAGCAAGAGGGAUUCGUCCGAAGAAGACGGCAGAGGCAACGACGCCUUGAAUUACUUGCCCGAUGGGUUCUGGCAUCGGAUCGGGAAUUUGGGAAUUGUGGUCACCCAAUGGGCUCCACAAUCGGACAUCCUCAGCCAUCGAUCUACAGGAGGGUUCUUAUCUCACUGUGGGUGGAACUCGUCGCUGGAGAGUAUACUGAGCGGCGUGCCAAUGAUAACGUGGCCUCUCUACGCGGAGCAGAAAAUGAAUGCAACAAAGCUAGCUGAGGAGGUGGGAGUGGCAGUUCGGCCAAAGAUUGCACCGACUAAAGGAGUAGUAGGAAGGGAGGAGAUUGAGAUGAUGGUGAGAAAAGUUAUGGAGGACCCGGAAGGGAAGGCUAUGAGGGUUAGAGUUAAGGAACUUAAAAUCAGCGGGGAAAAGGCCUUGGUUGAGGGUGGUUCUUCUUUCAAUGCCAUGUCUCACUUGGCAAAGCAAUGCUUGAUUAAUGCCAUGUCUCAAAGCCAGAUAGUGAAGGGUCCGUAAGCAACUUCUCCCUCAAAAGGAGUUACGAUUUCAUAGCGGACAAGAUCCAUCUAGAUCUGUCUCGUGAAUAAUGUAUAUAUAGAAAUGUUGUAUUUCUCCUUUCUUAUUAAUGCGAGUAUUUAUGAUGUACCCAGAUUUCUUGA